AUGAAAUUCUCCGUCAUCGUUGGCACAUUCAAUUGUGUGCUAAGAAUUCACUCGACGGUUCCAAGGGUAGCUAAGACUUACAAGGGUUACAAGGGCGAGGUGAGAGGGUUUUAUGGACUUCGGGGUUCCGAGCUGGCUGCUCCUCGCGCAAGCACCAAUGUUAGCGGCCAUGACUGUGGGGCGGUUUUAACGGAGUUAGCCUUACGGGAUGCUACCGGUGACGGGUCGCCGACCGAGUCACCCAGAGCUCACGAGUCAACGACGAAACGUGCCGCCCUCGGACACUUGUUGGACGGCAUGCACAUCCUCCUGUCUUGA